AUGACAUAUCCCCUAGAAGCGUCCAAUCUCGUGGCGUAUCUUCGGGCGUUCUCUGUGGCUACAGCAGACCCUGAGUCGAACGAUGCCGCCACGAUCAUCAAGCCACUUCAGUUUGGCCUAAACAGAGACGAGUUGAAUAAGUUCUAUCUCAGCAACUUACGCCCUGAGUCUCCGCCAAUUCCAUACGACCUACGGUCCCAGGCGUCUACGGUGCCUGCUGCCCCUUCAGAUUCGAAACGGUCGACGAAAAGUCACGCUAAAAAACGCAGUUCGGUUACAGGUAUCAACAAUGUGAAGAAGGAAACGAGAAAGUCUGUGUUGGGUCAGAAAGAUACCGAGGCAGCAGACGUGUCAGAUGGGUCAGUGAAGACUAUAGGUCUUUCUGAGCUUAAUUCGCCUCAGGAUACGCUUCCUCUGCCACAUUUGUCGUCUCCUGACGAUACCAGAAAGCCUAGGAAGAAGAAGAACCCUUUGGUGAAGUUAUUCCAGAAAUCAGACAAAAGCAGCAUUUCCUCGGGCCCCGAGAACUCAAUUGACUAUAGCAUCGAUAAGAGCAGUAUCGGGAAAACUAGCAAUGGCAGAAGCAGUCUCGAUACGGCCCACGACCAUGAAGCAAGAAUCUACGAAUCUGAACCUGAAAUGCGUACUUUUACCAUUGAUUCAGGCAGUUCUUUGGAAAGACAUGCUCUUCGGCAACACAGCACUGCCGAUACAAUUCAAGAUAGCGUUCUUGAACUUCCUAACGAUAAUGUCACUAGUAUUAGUGGCUCUUACCUACAAGGCUCUGGUGGAUCUUCUACAGACUCUGCGUUUACUGAUAUUGAGGGUGAUUCAUUGAUGGACGUUGGCUCGGAUUUGAUGUACGACUAUUCGGUUCCUGAGAGUUAUGUUCUCCAGGAAGCUAAGAACCUGAAGAAACAGAAACGAAAGAUGAAGAAGAAUCACUCCUCCGCCAGUCUUUUCUCUUCGGUUCAAAGAAGCAGUCUAGACGAAAAUGGAGACUCCAAGAACGAUAGGCCUCGUGCACGAAGACAGGCAGAUUCGCUCAAGUUCGAAAAGAUGUAUUUUGCAGUGGGAGACAAGAACCAGGAGCCGGCUCCUUCAAACCUCAGUCGCAUGAUACUGUCGAAAUUCAGAUCUACCUUCGUGAACCCAUUGAACUACUUUGGCUUUGUGGGUUCUGAUGCUCCAAUGCCAAAUUCUCAUAAGGUUUUCAUUGACUUUUUCACUCCACCAAAAGACAAGCCUACUCUUGAAAAGCUACCCAUUUGGAAUUCGACCCCUGUCCAUGAAUGCAUUGGUUAUGUUCUCCUACAACUAUCGAACAUGUCUGAGUAUAAAGAUAACCUAGAUAAGGAGUUUAUCAACCCUAAUAACUGGCGUAUUGAGCUUAUUGACGAAGAUGGUGAACUUUAUGAUGGUAACUUUGGUGUCUUGGAUAGAACACGACAAUUAUCUUCAUACAACAGUCCCAACUGUUUAGCUCUAUGUCGUGUGACCAAGCCAGGAGAGAUUAAAAACAACGAAAGACAGACGCCUCUUCCGCCUGACUUCAAGCAGAAUCUUGAUACUUUCGACAAACAUCCAGGUUCCGGUCAUACUAGUGAACCUAUGACGCCGCAGUUUGAUACUCAGCCAGACCAAAUGGGCGUUGAUACUAUUGAGGUGAAGGUUGAUAACAUUCCUGACAGUCAUACGAACAUCGUGAGUUUCUUCAUCAGUUCCCAUAUGACCGUGGGCCAGCUUCUAGACCUUAUCUGUCUGCAAUAUCAAAUUGAUCCUCUUCGAUACCGUUUGGCUCAAGCUGAUUUCCCUGACAAACAAACCAACAUGUUGGGAGACGACAUCCAGCUGUCGAAGAACAGCUGGCAGCAGCCUUUGGAUAAUGCCGUUUUGCUUUCAACGCUUCCUACCAACAAAUUCAAGUUCGUGCCUAACCUAUCACAAACCAUCAGACCAUUGACAGACGUAAGAAUGGAUAGUUUCAGAGACAACAACAUCACUCCGUCCUCGGCCACCUACAUACCUCACGGUAUCACGCCUCCGACGAGCCAAUUGGAAGGUAAAGCAGAAGAUGUAUCUGCAAGCAUGACCGACGAAAAGGACAGAAUGGCACCAGACUUUGUGCAUGAUCACGAGCCAAAGAAAGCAUCCAAAGCCGAUCCUGACAUGUCGGCUAUCGCUAACAGAGUCAACAAGCUCACUUUCGGCGAUAUCCUCAACCAGAACCGUCCAAGUCUUCCUGUGAGUUUGAACACCAUCUACUUCAAAUGGACAGUGUACCGUAAGAAACCCCCCAUCAUCAACCGGAUUGAGAAGGCGCUUAUUAUAGACGGUGAUUACAUACACUUGGCCCCCACAGACGACGUUAACUGGCGUAACAACCCGGCGGAUAACCCAUUGUCUACAAGCAACAACUUGAGCCACCACCACUACUUGCAUCACUACAACUACUCCAAGUUCUACAAAGAAACAAUGAUGAAAACCAGUUCUUUUCAUAUUACACAGAUUGUCAAGCUCAAGCAGUAUACCCAAUCGAAGAACCCUAAUCACUUCAAGAUUGUCAUCCAGAAGCCUGCCAGUGAAACCAACAAAGACAGCGCAGUGAAGAAGAAGUACGAUCUAGAAGCAGAAAAUGCUACCCAGUGCCAGGAGAUUGUUGAAAAGAUCCGCUGGACUCUUCAGGUAUACAACAAUAUGAUUGAAAAGUGA